GCCAGAGGUGCCAGGAAUAAUCAGGAAAAACUGAUAGGCAUAUCCAAAAGAGAGAGAAAAGGAAAGUAAGAGAGAGAGAGAGAGAGAGAGAGAGAGAGAGAGAGGUUAGAGAAGAGAGAGGAAGCAUCAUAUGGCUGAAGCUGCCGUUUCCUUUGUUCUUGAAAGGCUUGCUGAUCUGUUUGAUGAACUUGAAUUUCACACCGAUGUCCAUAAAGAAGUUGAGCGGUUACAAGAUGAACUCAGGAGGAUCCGUUGCUUCUUAAGAGAUGCGGACGCAAAGCAAGAUGAAGAUGAAAGAGUGCGUAAUUGGGUGUCUGAUAUCAGAGACGUGGCUUAUGAUGCUGAAGAUCUCAUAGACAGGUUUAUCAUGAACAAUGAUCCUCUGAAGAAGAAGAAGAAGAAUCAUUUUAUCAAGAAAUGCACUUCCUAUGUCAAAGGAUGGAAACAGAGGUCCAAGAUUGCUGAGGAUCUCAUGGCCAUCCGUUCAAGACUUCAAGACAUCUCAGCCAGCCGUGAAACUUAUGGCAUCCAAAAUGUUGGAGAGGGGACUACUGCAGCAGGUGAGACUCUGAGGAAGUUGAGAAGAUCGUCUCCUCGCGAUGAGGAAAGGGAUAUUGUUGGCUUGGAGGAUGACACCGCUAAACUGGUGGACCACCUUCUUCAGAUGGGGGAUCAUUGGAGUGCUGUUUCGAUAGUUGGAAUGGGCGGUAUUGGUAAAACCACUCUUGGUAUAAAGAUAUAUAAUCAUAGUGCUGUCAGGGCUCGCUUUCCUUCCCGUGCUUGGAUAUGUGUAUCACAGGAGUUUAGUGCAAGAGAUAUUCUGCAGCGAGUCAUAAGACAAAUUGCAUCGCCGAGAGAAAGGCUUGAAGCUUUGACAGAUGAAGAGUUGGAGGACUUGGUGUAUGAAAAUUUACGGAGGAAACGCUAUCUGGUUGUUUUGGAUGAUAUCUGGAGCACCAAUGCCUGGGAUUGCCUUAAAAAGGCCUUUCCUGUAGACAGAAGUAACGGUAGCAGAUUGUUGCUCACGACUCGGAACAAGAAUGUUGCUCUUCAUGUAGAUCCUCAAACUACUCCCUACGAUUUGGGAUUUCUAAGCAAACAGAAUAGCUGGGAGUUGUUCUGCAAGAAAACAUUUAUUGAUGGCAGAGACACAAGUUGCUCUCCAAUAUUGGAGGAAAUCGGGAGAGAGAUUGUGGAGAGAUGUGCUGGUUUACCACUUGCCAUCAUUGUAAUUGGCGGCUUACUUUCAAGAAAAAAGAGGCUGAAUGAAUGGGAAAGAAUUCUUAACAACAUGGACUCUCAUUUUGCUCGACACCCAAAUGGCGUUGCGGCAAUACUUGCUUUGAGUUACAACGACUUGCCGUAUUACUUGAAAUCUUGUUUUCUUUAUUUAGGCCUUUUCCCAGAAGAUUGUACUAUUCAGGCACACAAAUUGUUUCGGCUAUGGGUGGCAGAGGGUUUGAUUCCACAUCAAGAACUAAGAGGGGAGGAUGUAGCAGAGGAUUACUUGAAUGAGCUAAUUGAGAGAAACAUGGUUCAGAUGGAAGGAAUGAGUGUCAAUGGGAGGGUCAAGCAAUGCCGUUUGCACGAUCUACUGCGAGACCUCUCCAUCUCCAAGGCAAAGACGGAGAAUUUUCUCCAGAUUCCUGGUAAUGAAAAUAUCCCAUCUUUGACUAGAUGUCGUCGCCAUCCUAUCUAUUCUGAUUCUCAUUUAUCUUGUGUGGAACGUCUUAGUCCACAUCUUCGUUCACUCCUGUUCUUUAGAGUUGUUAGUCGUGUUCGUUACAGAUAUUUUAUCGGCAGAAACGUCUAUGGUUUCUGCGAAUUAUCGGGUGCCAAAUUCGAUUAUAUUACCAGGAAUUUCAACCUGCUAAGAAUUCUUGAGUUGGAGGGUAUAUCAUGUAGCAGCAUCCCAAGUACAAUUGGUGAACUGAUACAUUUGAGUUACUUGGGAUUGAAGGAGACUAACAUACGAGUGCUUCCAUCAACAUUAGGUUCUCUGUGCAACCUGCAGACUCUUGAUAUUGCUGGGAAUCUCCAUCUUAGGAUAAUUCCUGAUGUCAUUUGCAACAUGAAAAAUUUGAGACAUCUUUACAUGUGUGGGCAUUCUGGUGGGCACCUGAGGAUAGACACCCUCAAGCAUUUACAGACACUGACAGAGAUAGAUGUCAGCAGAUGGAAGCAGAACAACACUGCAGAUCUAGUCAGUCUUCGAAAAUUAGGAAUAAGAGGAAACCUCUGCUCAGACACCAUUAAGAUAUUUGAUUCCAUUUCGGCACUCUUGCAACUUCGAUCUCUCUAUCUUCGUGCUGAAGGUGCUGAAUUUCCAUCACUUGUUCAACUUGGUUCUCUUCGCUCUCUCAUCAAGCUGCAUUUGAGAGGGGGAAUAUCACAGCUGCCCAGCCAGCAAGAUUUUCCACCAAAUCUCUCCCAGUUAACAUUAGAGCACACCCAGCUUGAACAAGAAUCAAUAGAGAUACUAGAGAAGCUGCCAAAAUUAUCAAUUCUGAGGUUUAAAGCAGAGUCUUAUAGCAAAGAAAAACUAACAAUCUCUGCCGAUGGGUUUCCUCAACUGGAGUUCCUAGAGUUUAACAGCUUGGAAUCCCUGCAUGAAUUCAACAUAGAAGAAAAUGCAGUGCCAAGGCUUGAAAGUUUCCUAAUUGUCAACUGCAAGGGGCUAAGGAUGCUCCCUGAAGAGAUGAGAUUUGUGGCCACUCUCCAUAAGUUGGUUAUUGAAGAGAUGCCCAAAGUCUUUGUAGAUAGGCUUCAAGGAGAAGAUCUUCAUAAAGUGCAGCACAUUCCUUUGAUCAAAUUUAUAUGAAUAGGCUGUUAGCAGGGUAUCUGAUGACAUUAUUGGUGUCUCGGCAGCAAUGUCAUAACUUCGCUUUGCAAUAUACCAAGGGGCGUUGGUUACCCUUUGACUUCCACAACUUAGUUUUUCAGUUUUCCAGAUGAUUCGUCUAGAACUGCCAGUAUGUCUAUUGCAUACACAUUUUCUCUCAUUUUAAUCUGUAGGUAGUGUAUCCAUGCUACCUUUUUCAUCCAUUUUCUGCUUCUUUGGUUGUAGGAAUUAACAAUGCAUGCAUUCUCACUAA